UUAUGCAAUACGCCUAUCUAUUUUAAAACGCUCGCGGCUUAUUCACUGUAUAUUAUAGGAAUCUUUUGCUGUUUGAUAUUGUCGUCGCAACAUGGUACACGAAACAUCAUAUGACUCUGGACUUAAGCCCUUUGCUGCCGAUCUAAAUCGAGGAAUGUGGGAAAGGCCCACUGACUACAUAUUUGCCUGCUUUGGAUUAGCUCUGAAGAUGGACGUAUUUUCGUCUACUCAUUUUGCGACUCGCGAUAUGGGCAUUCUUGGAAUAUUGCCAUAUUUUUUGUACAUGGUGAUUUAUUUGGUCCCAAUCAUAGUCAUUCACUCCUUCAUGGGACAGUUUUCCAGUAGUGGAUUUAUCUCCGCUUUUCGACUGUCUCCUCUUUUUAAAGGCAUGGGAUAUGUGAGCCUUUUUUUGACUCUCUCAAUGUUGAUUUACUAUGUCACUUAUGCUGCUCUACCGCUAUUUUUCAUAAUAAACUCUUUCCGACCCACUUUACCUUGGAGUUGUGAAGGCUUAAAAUCUUGGUACAAUGAGAGCACAGGGCGAUCCACCAUAUGUAAUGUGACACCUAACUUGGAUUAUUCUGAAUUUAGGUUAUUCCAUGUUCCUUCCGUGCUUUUCUUUGAAAAUAACUUUCGCAGUACUGGUAAUGCAGCUGAUUAUGAGGACUUUGAGCUAUCCUGGUAUUUUGUGAGCCUUUUCGCACUAGUUUGGGCAAUGAUUGCAUUGAUAUUUUAUAAAUUCUCGGAGACGUCGAACUUUGGAAUAUUUUUAAGGUACAUGGUAAUAUGCACCUUGGUCUUACUUUCGGUGUGCUUUGUGCGCUUCCCAUUUCUUCCAGGAGGCCUUUCGUGGCUAAACAAAUAUGUUACUCCAAAACCACGUGACUGGGCUAUGGGAACUGUGUCCACAUUUAUUAUAGCUAUACAGGCUUUUGGAGCUGGCUGGGGCAGUGUGAUAGCCCUGUCCAGUUUUAAUCGGUUCAAGACCGACAUAAUUACCUACAGUUGGAUUAUUUCCUUCGGACAGAUCUUUAUUUAUAUCAUGUUUGGCCUAGUUUCUUUUAUGCUGGAACACUACUUUUCAGAGUUUGCUAAGGGAUCUGAUAAAACAUAUGUAACAAACAUUUGGCUGUUAAUUUUGUCUAGUGCCAGUGCUUUGUCCACAAUGGGUUGGCCAAACUUGUGGACUAUAAUUUACUAUACUACGUUAUUAAUGGCGGCUGUUAUUUCGAUAACGACACAAAUAUUUACUGUUCUGCAAACUUUGUUUGAUGAGUUUGAGGAUCUUAGAAAGAAAAAAAAGGAAAUUACCUUUGGGUUAAUUGGUGGCCUUGCGGUCUGCUCACUUUUCUUUUGCACAAAUCAUGGAAAUGAUUACUUUAUUUAUUUGGCUAUCGAUGCCAUUUUCUCACACAGUGUUCUUCACUUACUGCUUUUACUGGUGGUUUUGUGGAUCUACGGCCGAGAACGUUUCCAGCGUGAUAUUGAGUUUAUGUUGGGUCAGCCGUUUGCCUUCUGGAAGAUUUAUAUACUCCGCUUUAUAGCUCCAGUUAUUUUAGUGAUUUCCAUGGUGGCCGGAAUUAGUUUGACCAUGCUGGGCUUUACUGACCUUUCAGUAGUGAUCCUAGUGAUGUCCAUUACUUUGGUGUGGUUACCGAUUCUGGCAAUACCUGGCUACGGAUUUUACUACCUUUCCCAGAGCACUGGAUCCGUUUGGGAUCGCUUAAGACGCACCUGUCGACCCACCGAUUGGUAUCCGGUGGAGAUGGAAUACCGCCAGAAGUACGAGGAAACUAUAGGAACCACUGACACCCACCAGCUUUCCGAGGUGACCGAUGAGGUGAAAUAAGGGGUUAUACAAUCAAUAAGUGCGUUUAAAAAAGUGUUAGAAUAAUCCGCCUCGUGUUGGUAUGCAAACUGUUUUAUUCACCCUUAAAAUUAAUUAAAAACCAAUCGGUUUCCAUAAGGAAAUUGUUAGUUAUUCAUAAGAUCUUAAUCUUCAGUUUAUUUUAAUAAUCAGAAAAACAAUACGUUUUGGACAUCGGUAAAUAAAUUAGAGGUUAU